AUGGAGGCCUACGAUGAGCUCCUGCGCUGGGCACAGGAUCGGGGAGUUGUGCUUCACGGCAUCGAGCCGCGUCUCAUCCCCGAAAAGGGGGUCGGAAUGGUAGCCACCAAACCACUCAAGGCAAACGAGCGCGUCCUCCACGUGCCCACCUCCGCCCUGCGGACGCUGGAGACGGUCAAGCCCAAGAUCAAAAAGAACCUGCCCGCCGGCAGCACGGUGCACGCCCUGCUGGCCGCCGACCUGGCGCUGGAGAGGCCCAACUCCAAGUACGCGCCGUGGACCGCCAUCCACCCGUCGCGCGAGUCCGUCUCUCGCUCGCUCCCCCUUGCCUGGGCCGACCCGGCGCUGCACGCGUACCUGCCCCGGCCGGCGCGGACGCUGCUCGAGAAGCAGCAGGCCAAAUUCGCCCGUGACUGGUCCGCCAUGCAGCACCUCCUCUCUGCCCUUUCGUCCUCCUCCUCCUCAAAACUGAAAACCGACAACAACAACAAAGUGUCAGCAACCGUCACCCAAGCUGACUUCCUCUACGCCUGGCUCCUAGUCAACACUCGGACCUUCUACCACGAAACGCGCCGCACGGCCCGUCUGUCGCGCGACGACCGCAUGGUGCUGCAGCCCGUGGCCGACCUGUUCAACCACACCAGCGGCGACGACAGUGACGGUAGCGACGGGUGCGAGGUGGCCUUCACGCCGGCCGGGUUCAGCAUCACGGCCGACCGGGCUUAUGCCCCGGGCGAAGAGGUGUGCAUCUGCUACGGCCGGCACUCGGAUGAUUUUCUGCUCGUUGAGUACGGCUUUGUGCUUGGGGGUGGGUCUGGGCCAGGGGCAAGGAAUCGCUGGGAUGAGGUCUGUCUUGACGACGCGCUGCUUCUGAAUGAGGGCGAAGAUGAGUACGGGUACUUUGACCGGGACCAGAGGGAGGUGCUUGACCAGGCAGGGUUCCUCGGCAACUACCGCCUUGACGAGCGGGCUGUGUGCUACCGAACCCAGGUGGCGCUGCGGUUGCUGGUUGUGGGCGACGUGGAGACGUGGAAGAGGCUUGUGGAGGAAGGGGAGGAUGGCGGGGAGGACGUGCAGCGGGCGGUGGAUCAGCUUCUGGCCAAGGUGUUGAAGAGGUAUUUGGUGAAGGUGGAAGCGAUAGUUGAGGAGUUGGGAAGAACUGGGAUUGGGGGGCCCUGUCAGCGAGAGGUUCUGAGAGCGCGGUGGAAGCAAAUAAGCCACUUGAUACGGCAGACCAUUGAGCGGCUUAGUAAGGUUUGA